AUGGAGCAUCAGGAGUCAGAGGAGGAGGAGGAGGAGGAGGAAGAGGAGGAGGAGGAAGAAGAGGAGGACUUGUUUGUUCUGGACCCUGAACAUCCUCUGGUCAGGAAGCGACAAGCUGCCUUCAACAGAAUCCUCCUGGCCCGGAGAGAGGCGCUGGAUCUGGCCCUGAAGGAAAAGCUGGAGCUGAGGAAGGCCGUCCAGAGCAGCACGGAGGAAACCUCCUGCCAGAUGUUCAGCAAGCAGGAGCAGCUGGCCCGGCAGAGACGCAGGCUGGCGGAGCAGCAGGAGGCCAAGAACCGGGCCCAGGCCCGGCACCAGCAGGCCCGGGAGCAGCUGGAGGAGACCAGCGGCCAGUAUGACCAGACCAGCAGAGAGCACGGCGAGGCCCAGGCCGGCGUUUCUCACUUACAGGCGGACCUGGACCGCCUCGCCCAGCGGCUCCUCUCCACACAGGAGGUCAGCGAGGACCUGAGCUCCAAGCUCAAGACUCUGCACAACGUGGCGAGCAAGGCGGCGAGCCGGAGGACGCAGGCGGAGGAGCAGAAGCUGAAGCAGGACUUCUACGUGGAGCGUCUGACGGUGGAGCUGGAGCGGCUGAAGGAGCAGAGCAGCAUGUACGACGCCCACAUCAGUGCCCUGCCCGAGGAAACGCAGGCCGCCAAGGCGGCUCUGUCCGAGGCUGACCUGGACCUGGAGGCGCUGCUGCUGGCCAGGAAGCAGCUGGCUCAGCAGUGGAACAGCCACCUGCUGGCCAUGAGGAGGCAGGACGACGCCCUGGGCGCCAUGCAGGAGGCGGUUCGUGACGUCCAGCAUCAGCUGGUUCUGGUGCAGAGGGAGACGGAGGGCUACAGGAAGUCCACCGCCGAGGAGGAGGAGCGGAACGAGGCGCUGACGCUGCAGCUGCGCUGGGCUGAGGCGGACGGCGAGGCGUCCAGGAAGCUGCUGGCUCAGAGGCAGGCCCAGAGGGACGCCGUGCGGGCGCACUACACCGCCUGCCUCUGCACGCUGGAGGAGACCCAGCGCGUCCAGGACGCCCUGGCCAAGGAAAGCGGGAGCCUCCGGGCUGAGCUGAGCGAGCGGCGGCGGCAGGCGGAGAAGAGCGAGCGCGUCCGUCUGGAGCUGGAGGACGCCGUCAUGACGCACCUGCAGCAGCAGCUCGGCCACGCCAACGCCGCCAAGUACUCCCAGCGGCUGGCCGGCAGGAUGGUCGCGCUACGCAACGAGAAGCGGCGGCAGCUGUUCCAGAAGGAGAACGAGGUGCUGGCGGUGAGGCUGAGCAUCCAGCAGGCGGAGCAGCAGGUGUCGGGCCUGAGCUUCACCCAGGAGGCUCUGGAGGAGCAGAUCAGCAAGCAGAACGCCGCGCUGAGCCGCCACCAGAGCAAGACGUCCUCGCUCGUCACCCUCAUCGAGCAGAAGCAGGCGGCCAUCGCCAGCCUCCACAAGAAGAUCGGCCGGAUCGUGGCCAGCACGGCGCAAGAAGACCUGAGCCCCAUGCACAUCCGGAUCCACGCCAUCGCGGCUCAGAGCGACGAGCUGGCGGCGAGAAUCCAGACGUCCAAGCAGCUGUGGAUGAAGCAGCAGGACGCGCUGGUGGGGCUGAACCAGGACCUGGAGGCCCGCGGCAGGGAGGUCCGCCGGCUGCAGACCGAGACCACCGCCAUGCGGCAGAGGGAGAUCUGGCUGGACAGCCAGAUCGAGUCGGAGCAGCAGGAGGUGGCGGCGGUGGAGGCGAAGUCCGGCGUCCUGCACAGAGACCGGGCGAAGCUGUGCUCCCUGCUGAGCCAGAACGAGCGGCUGGGCCGGGCGCUGCAGCAGGAGAACGCCCUGAUGGAGACGCACUUCAUCCACAGGCUCAAGGAGGCGGAGCGGGAGUCCAUCCAGCUGCAGGCCCGACACGACAGGAUGCAGGAGGACAAGGAGCUGCUGCUCAGCAGCCUGCUGGAGGCGGAGCAGCAGGUGAUGCUGUGGGAGAAGAAGACGCAGCUGGUGAAGGAGACUCAUGCUGCUGUGGACGCAGACGCAGGGAAGGAGGACAUCCAGACCAUGAGGGCUGAAAUCCACCGCAUGGAGGUGCGCCUGGGCCGCCUGGUGAAGCGGCGGGAGCAGCUGCUGCGGGACAGCGAGGCCUCGGUGGAGCGCUGGGGCAGCAUGGUGCAGCGCCGGGCCCUCCAUCCCGGAGCCCCGCACAGGAAGCAGCGGACGAAGGGAGCGCUGAGCCUCGGCGUGCACGGCGUGCACGGACUGCAGCGCCAGAUCCACGACACACACAGGCUGGUGGCAGACUGCGUGCAGCGGGUCAGAGAGCUGCAGCAGAGCCGGGAGGAAGUGAGCAGCAGGCUGGAGCAGCAGAGGCGGCGGGCGGCGGAGCUGCGAGAGGCCAACGACACGCUGGACUCCAACCUGACCAGUCUGCAGGAGAGCAGGGACACGAACCAGGCCCUCCUGCCGCUCCUGCAGAGCCGGGUCAAGAGGCUGCAGGCGGUGCAUUCUGGGAGCUACCGGGCCUCCUCCACCGGCCCGGCGGGCGAAGCCGCCCGGCAGAAGCUGCUGGAGCGUCUACACGGCCUCAGCAGCAUCCUGCACCGCGUCUGCGAGGAGUUCCCCCAAUACCAGGGGGCGCUGCGCCGCCCGGUCCGGGCUCUAGCUGCUCACUUCCAGCUGCAGGAGGAGGAGGAG